CUGCAGGGCUGAAGACGACGUACGUAGGGGUUGUAGAUCUCUACGCUGUCUCCCUGCGAAGUGGAAAAUAUCUUGGCUGUCUCACGGCUGGCUGUAGCUACGGCGGGUGGGUGAAUGCCUGGUUUCUAUCGCUAAAGCCCGACUUGUAGCUGCAAAAGGGUAGAACUGGCUCUAAGAAAAAAAGCUUUGUUGGCUGUAUGCUUUAUAGCUAAUCUUUGAAGUAGCACAACCAUGGGUGUGGAGGUCGAGACAAUAUCUCCCGGUGAUGGAAGAACAUUUCCAAAAAAAGGCCAAACAUGUGUUGUUCAUUACAUAGGUAUGUUGCAGAACGGGAAAAAGUUCGACUCCUCUCGAGACAGGAACAAGCCCUUCAAAUUCAAGAUUGGACAUAACGAGGUCAUUAAAGGCUGGGAAGAAGGAGUAGCACAGAUGAGCCUGGGCCAGAGGGCUAAAAUCACCUGCACACCAGAUAUGGCUUAUGGAACAACAGGCCACCCCGGAGUCAUCCCACCAAACGCAACCCUUAUUUUUGAUGUGGAGCUGCUUAAGCUGGAGUGACGCAUGGGGUAGAAGGCAAAGGUAGAAGGCUAAUGGGGCUGCAUUCACCAUAACCCAUUUCCACCGGGAGACCAUACCCGACUGUCGCCUCUCACAGCCACCCGCUCUUGUGUUUCUCUGUUUUCACAGCCUUCGUUUUCUUCUUCAGUUAGGUAUUUAAACGCAUCUUCCGCUGCUUUGUUGCCAUCGUUUUGAGCUAGAUGCUGCAAGAAAAUGUUCAUGUCGUACAAGACUCUUACACACACACACACACACAUUUUGGUUUGUUUGUUACACGUGCUUUUUUUGUUGAACUUAAUUUAAUGUUGUAAAUUUUGUUGAUCCCUGUUCUCUUUGAAAAGCCGUACUACAUUGCAAUCAAAACAUAUAUUGCCUUACAGUUCGAACAGUGGAGGGGAGGGUACAUAGGUUAAAAGUACAAUGUCUGCUCUGUAUAUUUACUGGGCAUUAUAUACCACUGUCUGCAUCGCCACUUUGAAAAAAGGCUUGUCCUGCUGAAUGCUCUGAAUGAUGUUGCUGUGUUUGGUAUAUUUUAUAAUCCUUGUGAACAUUUACUGCAAGUGUACCCUAUAAAAUCGAACCCAAUCAAUACUGUACAGAAGUCUUUAAGAGCCAUUGCUACUAUGACAGUUUAUUGACCAACUCUUGAAUAAAGUGGCAUGCACCAUGUUAAAAA